ACGAGUCCCGGAGCUCAAUUGCGCCGCAGUGACACGCUGGAAGAGAGAAGUGCGCCAGUCCUGUCAUUUAUAUUUUGAAGCCAAUGUAAUGAACAGAAUAAGCUCUGUGACAGAUAAAAUGUGAACAAAGAGUGACUAGUUGUGCACACAGAAUCGAGAAAUUAACUGAUUUUAUCUUCACACUGCUUGCUGCGCAGGAACAGGAAACACUAUCUUUUCCUCUCGCGGUUAGAUUGUUUUAUCAUGUGUGUUUGUAGUCCUGGGUUUAAAAGGCCCAGUAUGAACGAAGAGUCUCGAAUGAUCGUGAGUCCUAUUCCCUGAAGGCGCCCUGUUACGUAAUAGAGGGAGGGCUGAGCAUGCAAAGAGCUGAGGGGGGAGAGAGCUUUUGUACAGACGGAGCGACAGAGUGACAGAUUUGGGACAUUGUGACUGAGGGGAAGCGGUGAACGAACCGAGGAUAACUCCAUUUGAUUUUAUUCAGCACUGCUGGGCCUGAGCUGAUUUGUCAGCCUUGUGUAGUUUUGGUUUGGUCCUCUGGAUGUCAGCUGACCAUGGUGGUCUGAACAGAGGAAACGCAGGGAGAAAACCCGGCACAGUUUGUGUUCACUCAAACACAGCAAGGCAAGAGAAGAGAAGCGCAGAGGCGGACCGGAGCAAAGAGAAAAGGCAUAUUUAAACUCAAAAUGUCUCAAAACAGAGAACUGGUGGUUUACUACAUAAACUAUAAACUCUCCCAGAGAAAUUAUCCCCUCAACCACAUGGGACUCAUAGAGCCUCCGAACAGGACUGAUGGUGGGGAGGCAGGGUUGGGUGAGGAACAGCGGGUAGCGACGCACACCAACGGGACUUUUAACGGCAUGAGUCCCGGGACCCCACCAGCGUCCCCGCUACGGGAGCAACAGUUGCCAUCCACGACGAACCUGGACGCGGUGAAAGAAGCUCUCCGGGACUCGGCCAACGAGUUUGAGCAGCGAUACGCCCGCGCCUUCAGCGAUCUGCACAACCAGCUCCACAUCACGCCGGCCACCGCCUACCAAAGCUUCGAGAGCGUGAUGGAUGAGGUUUUCCGGGACGGAGUCAACUGGGGCCGCAUCGUAGGGCUUUUUGCAUUCGGCGGGGCGCUGUGUGUGGAGUGCGUGGAGAAGGAGAUGAGUCCGCUGGUGGGCAGGAUCAUAGAGUGGAUGACGGUCUACCUGGACAACCACAUUCAGUUCUGGAUCCAGAGCCAAGGAGGAUGGGAGCGCUUUGCUGAAAUCUUCGGGCAGGACGCGGCGGCAGAAGGCAGGAGGUCUCAGGAGAGUUUCAAGAAGUGGCUGCUGGCGGGGAUUACCCUGGCGACCGGGUUCGUGGUGGGCUCAAUGAUCGUCCAAAAACGCCUGUGAAGGAAGACGCACGACAACUCUCCUGACAACCGUCCCUUAUUGACCACCUCCACCUGCCUCAUUCACUGCCCCUCAACCUACACACCACGAAGUUAUAAUGAAGGUCCCGUUUGUCUCGUCAGAACUGCUGUUGAAGUUUACUCCCAGCCCACCCCACAUCGCCCAGAGUGGACUACGAAUCCACACGUGUUGUUGAACUUUUGAGAGAAAAACAAAAAAGGAAGAGUUCCUCGUAUUCAUGUGUUCACCUUGUUCCAUGCUGGUGAGAAAUGUGUAGUUGUACAGUGACAGACGUUAUUCUUUCACUCACUGAACCAGUCGUUCCUUCUGUUCUUUCUCCGCUGGUUCCUGUAUUAUUUUUCUUUCUUUAUGUUUGUAUGUAUUAGCUUUAACAAAUUUUGGUUUCCCAUUUUUCUGAGAAGCUCAAACUGAUUCAAGUCUUCACAAUUAACGCAAACCGGCCUGAUGUCUGUGUGUCGUUGGGACUGGACGCGCUCGACGUGUCUCAUCUUGUUUUGUUGCUCGUCCCCACAGACAGCUCUACAAUAGCUUUGUAUGUGCCAUAUGGAGAGUGAAAGCAGGGGAGGAUGUAGCACCUGCCCCUACACAGCUUCUGUAGUUCCUAUGUCCUGCCAGCCAUCCUGAUUGCCAACACAUACAGUAUAUUAUUUUUCCAUGACUCCACAGGCCGAUGGUUUUGUCUUUCCCUUUUCUACAUACUUAUUUGAUUUGUAUGAAUGGUAAAUGAAAAAGGAGUCAAACUGAUUUUAGUUAACAAAACAUGGGGGUCUUAAGCUAAAAGCCUAAUGGAAAACAAACUCCUGUGCUUGUUUGUGUGUGUGUUGGUGCAUUUUUGUUUUCGAUUUGUGAACCAUUAAAACCCCACUGCUGCCGCUGAUGUGUGCUUUAUGGUCAUACUUGGCCUUGGUUUGAUCCUGUUUGUGUUUAGUCAGCCCGUUGAGUGCCAGACCACCGUGUGUGGCAACUUCUCAGAAUCAGAGUAACUGCAGUUCAUACAAGCAGGGCGCCAUGGCUCAGACCCUCCAUGUUUACUACACAGUAGCUGAGGAAUGCAGCAAAUACUGUAGCAACACACACAAUAGAUAGAGCGGCACCGAUCACAGCAACAGCAUGAAAGAUCCUUUUUAACCCUAGGUGUUAAGUUAACACUUUAUUUUAACCCCCCCUUAAUCGUUUAUAAGCAGUAGAUGGUGGUUGGUUUAUAACACACUAUAAUGUGGUUGAAAGCAGGUAUCAUUUAAUAAUUUGUAAGUGUUUAUUAAUGUAUUGGUCAAAAGUUCUGUUCUCCUAUUAAGCACCAGCAUUAACUGGUGUAUAACCGUUAAUAAAUGAUUGACAAGAUAACACCGUUUUAAUCGUAUUUCAUGAUGGAUAGUUACACACAUGAACAAACCCUUAAAUUGUGAUAUCAUACAUCUAUUAACUGUUCACACAGGCAGGUUUAAUGAAGACGUGGUGAGCGUGAAGGCUGAUUGUUGACCACAGGAAUGUUAAAUUCUUCACUCCAGGCAUCUCAUGGCCUUCAUCAGCAAGCAGAGUUCAGUUAUCAUGGACAGUGAAGAAGAUGCAUUUGUACACAAAUGAAUAGAAAAAUAUAAAUCAUAAUAAAGGCUUAGUUAAGAAAUAUAUUAAAUAAAUGCUUUAUGUCAGGUUGACUUAAUAUAUAACUACUUCAGCUGAUAUAGCAUAUACACUAACAUUUCAAUAUAUGUGAUUUAAUGAUCCAGCCAGUAUUAUAUUGUUCAUUCAUUAUUGGCUCAUACUUAAUUUAUAGAUGCUAAGUUAUAAUUUCUAACUGUUGGAAAAAAUACAUUAAUAUACACCUGAAAUAUCCUCAUAUUGGUUUAUAACUACAUUAUAGUGUGUUACAAACAAUUUAUUGUUAUAGAGCGAUCAAUCAGUUAAUUCAUUGAUAAGUCAACGGCAACACUUUUGAGAAUCGAGUAAUAUACAAGCAAAUACGACAAAUACCAUUUUCACCUGUGUCAUAUAAUUUUUAAUUAUAUAUUUGGGUUUUGGUUUUUUGGUCGGACAAAAUAAGACAUUUGAAGACUUCACUUUGGAUGCUAGGAAACUGUGACUUUAGUUUCAGGCAUAGUUUAUUAUUACUGCUCAAUAGGUGGGUUAAAACAAAGCCGUUGUGAUUGAUUUGCAAUAAAAUCUUAAUCAUGUGCAACAAUGAUCAGACUACUAAUUCAAUAAUCAUCCAAAUUUACAUUUGUCAGUGACACAGUAAUGUGAACAUAGAGUGAACAUCAUUGCCUUUUGAAGAUUUAUGUAGCAAACAGAUGAAGCUGCUGUCUUUGAGGAGGCAGUGCAGUUCUGCAUCGAAUGUGAUUUGAGUUAGAUUUGAUUAGAAAGGUGUCAUUAUGUGUCUGUUUACCGUCUUAAGCGAAUCAGCAACUGUCAUUGGCUGUAGGACCGUGAAACUAGACACCCAAACCUUCAUAGCUUAUCUCACACACACUCACUCCAAAUUAUCCAUGCAUUGCUUUCACACUCACGCCUCUCCUCCUCCGUCCUCCCCAGACACCUCAAAUCUGUCAAAUCUCCAUCCGUCUCUCCUUCUCCUUCCCUCUCCACACAGCUCCACCUCUUCCUCUGCGGCCCCCUUGGCUGUCACCACGCCUAGUCACGUGUGUCAGUUACAGCUGGCCCACCUGCUGCUCCACACAAACACACCUCGGCAUGCACGCACGCUUGCAACGUACACACCUGCCAGUCACAUGUAGUCCACAAGAGACAGGGAGAAGGAGACUUGUCUUUGUUUCUAAACAUCUUUCCAUCUUUAAUUUAAAGGUUGAAGUCGGAGGAGUUUCACGCACCAACAACUGGCAGCUCGAUUAAUUUACUGGGAAGGGAGGGACGGUUUGGGGGUUGGGGGGGGGGGGGGGGGUACUCUUCCCUGUUUCCAGCGCUUUAAUGUUGAUCCUAUUCUAAAUACUGUGUACAGCUAACAACAACAUUUCCUCGGUUGUAUUCAUGUGUGUUUGCAGCACAAUAAAGCACAACACAACUCUGGUGCAGGACGGGCAGGUGCCAUUUUCUCAUCAAAGAAAGUUCAGCACAAGAGGAAACAUUAAAGGAAGGGACUGUAAAACAAACAAACAAAAAAACACAAUCUGGAUUUACACGUGAAACAUUCAUCACUAUGUAGCCAGGGUCAUCUUUAAAGCAGGGCUCAUCUCUUUUCAUCGAUGCUCCUUUUCAUCCUCAUACAAACAUUUACAUACAUGGAUUUCUCUUUCUAAAGUCCUGAUUGUUAUCCUUGGAACAAACAGUUCACCAAAUGAAAAGAACGGCAUAGACUACUGAUGAGUCUCAUCCUCUAAAUGCUUGAGUCCCGAGCAUCUUAUCAGCCAAGGUCUGCUCUCAUACAUUCCAGUACAGUAUAUAUAUUUUUCUAGCGCCCCACCAAGAAGCUGCUCGCAGGCUUUUCUUCGCUGCCCUGGCCCUCACUGAAACAAGUUCCCUUCCUACACGUGUGUGUGUGCGUGUGUGCGUGUGUGUGUGUGUGUGUGUGUGUGUGUGUGCAUGCAUGUGAAUUUCUGUGUGGCAAAAUGUUGUUGGAGGCACAAAUUAAGGAAGUUUGACAGCAUUGGCACGACCCUAUAUAUAUAUAUAUGCUAGUUAUUUAAACUGAUUAGAAUAGUUUGUUAGCGUAGUAACAUAUUUAAGAAAAACAGAACUGAUGGCUUUUAAACAUUAUUUAUAUUUGGUGUAAAAAGCAUAAUUGCGCCCCUUCAAAUGGCCUUAAACUCCGUUUUUGCAUUGUCAUUUGUGAUUUCUUUAGGAUUAUUGGACUGCCACUUGACAAGGAUAUUUUCAAAAAUGUAGGUUUCUGAUUCAUUCUUGUUGGUCAUAAAGAGUACAGAACAAAAGAUUGCAACCAUAUCCAGAGGUCUGUACGUCUUGAAUGCUACUGUAAAGUUUUAAAUGACACUGAACCUAAUAAAGCCCAUGUUGGAGGA